AUGGCCACUGACCUGCACCGCCGGCUGUUGGCCAAGUACGUGCCCGAGAUACGGCUGCACAGCCGGGAGCGCUACUUCCCCACCAGCGUGGAGACCUUCCUGGGCGUCGCAGAGCUGAGGAAGCUGAGCCACGACCUCAAGCGCCAGGGCCCCGAGCCGCUCACACACGAUGUGCUGGUGGAAACCGGCAAGCUGACCCGCGAGAACCUAAUGGCCGCGGCCGCCGAGCACGACAAGGGGGUGCUGCAGCUGGUGGUGCACGAGGGCGACCGCGCCAAGGCAACUUUGAGCGAUCUCCCAGAGGUGCCGAUUUAUGGCCAUGUGAGAGAGGUCAAGGCGGCUAAUGGGAGCGUGGAGGCGCUGGAGGUGGUGUACGCGUUCUUCUUCAUCUUCAACGGCAACCUGAGGGUGGCCAGGGUGCUCGAGGCGGGGCAGCACAUCGCGGACUGGGAGCACCUGACGGUGCGGUUGGACCCGUCUGGAGAGCUGCAAGGAAUGUACUACAGUGCGCAUAGGACCAUUGAUGGCGACUGGGUGCCAGCAUCCAAGAUACCCAUGAGCAAAGGCAGGCCAGUCACCUACUGUGCACUUAAUGGGCACGGGUGCUAUCCGAAGCCAGGCGUCCAACCCCGGAUAUUCUACCUUGUCAAUGACCACUGCGACGGCAAAGGGCCAGUCUGGAGGCCCAAAAAAGUUGUCCUGCUGAGCUCUCUGGCUCCCACCGUGCCGACUGUGGGUUCUCGUGGAUCUGCGCUGCCCAAAAACCCGCGGGGGUCAGCGAGUGAUGCCGAUGAGGAUGUUCAGGUGGACGAGAAUGUGCCAUAUUGGGUAGACUUCCAUGGCUGGUGGGGAGCCGUCAGCAAUCCCAGCAUUCAAAAAUGGUUCAAGGAAGCCGAGAACCCAGUUACGCGGGGGUGGUUCUUGAGGGUAUUCUUCCCCACGUGCUGUGAUCCGCCAGACUUUAUAUAA